GCCUAAGGUGGCUGGCUGAUCUCAUCUGGUUUAAGGAACAUGGUUUCUAGUUUCUAGCUGAUAUACCGUAAGAUAUUCAUUAAGCUCUUUAAACAGCAAGAAACCAGUGACCGGCUGGUCAUGUGAGGUGGUCAAGCUGGUUUCUGGAGCAUGAUAACUGGUCAACCAGCUUGUUGUGACGAUGAGAAGACAACAGUCAGUCCAGAACAGCCACAAACUGCACGAAGUAGAUGUGUUUGGGAGCAAGAUUCUAGUGAGGUUUCUGUAUCUUUUCUGAUCUGUGAUGGUCGUAAUCCAGCAGAAAACCACCUACCAGCCAGUCAUAAGGUGGUCGAGCUUAUUUCUGGUCGACCAGCUGGAACGCAGCUAACAUGUUAUAAAACACUGAUAAAUCACAUGUAUCAUAUUAGACUAAAUUUCCCAAAUGGACACCGCUUGGAUGAUGAUGAUGAUGAUGAUGAUGUGACACGGUAGGCCAGUGAGUCCAGCGCUGUGAUCAUCCACACACGGUGCACACGGGCUUCAGAACAGCAGUCAGUGGGGACACUUGAACGCACGGAGGGGGAGGAGGGCUGCGAGAGAAAACAAGCCGAGAAAAUUGUUCGUCUGAAACGAAAGUACCAUCAUCUAAGUGCCAUUUGGGCCCAACCGUUAUUCGUUUUCGGAGUGAUCGGAGCGAUUGUGAUGUAGUUUUGUCGACUUCAUGCUGCGGUGUUGCUCCUUUCCAAGCAUCCGGUAAAAAUAAUAUAAGUGUCUGUGGGGCUACUGUACGGACGGCCAGUGCAGAACUGUUCUGAUGUGUCAAUAAGUUUGAGGCUGGAAUGAGAAGGCCCUGGCUUUUCGACCGGAUUUCAGGGGUCAUCUUCAUCGCAUGAUACAGCCUGACUGACAGAUCCAUCCUCAUCUUUCAAAUACCGUAUUUCCAUAUUCUGUGGCUCUGGUCAGCAGCAAUAUGAAGGGCGGAGGUGGAGGGAAAGAACCUCCGGUGGAGGGAGAAGUCAGCGGAAAGAGGCCCAAACGCAAGUGUCUGCAGUGGCACCCGCUGCUGGCCAAGAAAGCUCCAGACUUCUCCGAGGAAGAGGAGGAGGAGGAUGAAGAGGAGCUGGAGAAGGAGCCGGUGUUAUGUGCAGAGAGCGGAGCACAGGAGGGAGAGUGUGGCGGGAUGGAAGAUGACAGUGAGGAAUACUCCUCUGAACAACGGGCUCGCCGGCCCAUGAACGCCUUUCUGCUGUUCUGCAAGCGACAUCGUUCGCUGGUCCGACAGGAGCAUCCGCGACUAGACAACCGAGGAGCCACUAAGAUCCUGGCGGACUGGUGGGCCGUACUGGACCCCAAAGAAAAACAAAAAUACACAGACAUGGCCAAGGAGUAUAAGGAUGCGUUCAUGAAGGCUAAUCCUGGUUACAAAUGGUGUCCUGCCACCAACAAGCCGGUAAAGAGUCCGUCUAACUCCGUGAGUAACGCUCGCAAGAAAGUCUGGUCUCUUCCAUCCAACCCAAGCAAGGAUUCUUCACUUGCCAAAAAACAGCCCAAAACUGACAGCACACCCCAGCUCAACUUUGCCAUGGCUGAUCCCAAUAAGAUGGGCGGCCUGAGCAUGCUGCUGUUAGCCGGGGAGCAUGCGCUGACUGCCAGAGAGAUGUCCUCCAGCUCUUCCCAGACAGGAGGCACAGAUGUUGCUAAGCACACUGGGAAAUCAGCCCUUUUCCAGCUGGCUGAGAUUUCUUCCAGUCCUGGACAGCCAGCUGGGGGAAGUAUGAAAGCUGAGGACACAAGCUCUCUCACACAUGUAGAGGCCUCUGGACCAUCUCAGCCAAGUUCGCCAGACCUACCUAAGAGUUGUGUUAAAUCACCCUUGUUUCAGCUGGCGGAGCAGAUCUCCUCCAGUAGGUCUCAGUCAGCAUCUGAGGGGAGGCAGUGCGGCCAGUCGGCUCUUUUCCAGCUCGCUGAGAUGUGUUUGGCCUCUGAGGCUGACAAGAUGGAAGCUGGAUCGUCGCAGCCCUCUGGUGGUUCCUCCUCACUCUGUGCUCAGCACGGCUCAAGUAGCACAGACAUCACACAACACCAAGAGCAGGCGGAUGCUCCUGAACUUCCUCUCACCACACCAUCAUCAUCCUCAUCAUCUUCCUCUACCUCUGGCUCCACCUCGUCAUCUCCUACUGACACCACCCCAUCGGAUCUCAGCCCAUGUAAGACGCUGAAGAAGAAGAAAAAGAAGAAAACAAAUAAAGACUCGGACGAAAAUCCUGCAUCGCCCAAAAAGGCAAAGAAGCGCCAUUCGCCAGAGUCGGACCUGGACAGUGUGAUGUUCACCAUCGAAGCGGUAGCAAAAGGUGCUUGGGGCUUGGAAGAAACACCCAGGAAGAAAUCUCAUCCCUCAAGUAGCGAGAGCAGCCCCACAAUGGACCAAUCUCCAGCUGUGAAGAAGAAAGCAAAAUCUAAACCGAAAAAACAGCUGAAAUUUAAAGAUGACAGCGCGGAAGAAGAGGAAGAAUGGGACGUAGAGACCAAUAAACCACAGGACGAAGAGAUGAAAACUGAGGAAGCUCCUCUGACCCCUAAAGCGGAGAGUGAGAAUGAGCAAGACAUGAAGGUGGAGACACCUAGUGGUGUGGAGGACAUGGCACCACACUGCUCUCCUCCUCGACCUACAGAACUAGAGGAGGAGAAAGACACAGACACCAAACCACCUCAAACCAGUCCGGAAGAUAAAGAGCCAGAGGUUAAGCCGGAGACCUGUGGGUCCAGGAAGUCUGAGAGAAGCUGUAAAGGAGCGCUUUAUAAGACUCUGGUUUCCGAAGGGAUGCUUACAUCGCUGAGAGCAAAUGUGGACAGAGGGAAAAGAGGUUCAAUGCGAGGCAGUGUGUCCGAUCAUGAGGGCGGCUGGAAUGACGAGAGCUGGGGAUUUUCUCAAGCUGUUACCAGCAACCCAAAAAAGCUCAAGAAGUCCAAGUCUAAAGAGGAAGCCACCACAGGACUAGGAAAGCUUGAGGAGGAGUUCGAGAAAAAAUUCAACAGCUUACCGCAGUACAGCCCACUGACUUUUGACAAAAAGAGCAUGGCGAUCACCAAGAAGAAAAAAAACAGUACAUCCAGCCCUCCUGAACCGCCUAAAACCUGCAAGGGUUCAUCUUCAUCUCAGAAAAAGACCUUAUUCCACAAGAUAGUGAACAAGUACAAACACAGGAAGGAGAAAUCCAGUGCCGCAGACAAAGACAUCGUCCCAACUGACCCAAUGGCUACAGAAUCAAGUCCACUAAAGUCGGGCAGUCCAUGUGUUUCUCCCUCUCCUGAACCCCAGAAGGUUCUGGACACACCUGUGGGCAGUCAGAAGAGGAAGGCCAGGAAGAGUAAAAUCACACACUUGGUGCGCACGGCUGAUGGCAGAGUGUCACCUGCAGAGGCAGAAGACAAAUUCAAGAAUCAGGAUGAAAAGCCAUUCACUCAAGAGACAUUAUGCAAUAGCGGGAUCUGCUAUAAGGACCCCAGAUCAGCGGAAGCGGAUGUGGCUGAUGCGUCCGGCAGCCUCCCGGCCUUCUUCAGCUUGGCUGCUCUCGCUGAGGUUGCAGCCAUGGAGAAUGUGCACAGAGCCCAGCGUGCUGUGAACAUCCCCACUGAAGGUCAAGUGAAGGACAUAGCUCCUGUGCUGAUUUCCUGUGCGGACCAGUGAGGCCUCAGCCUGGCCUGGGAUGGGUUUAUUCCGGUCUGGGCUUUUGUAUGGACCCUUUGUAUUCUUGACCCUCGGCCUCAGAUGUCAGGGGGAAAGAGCGUGCGAGAGCGAGAGAGUCUGGAAAGGGAUGAGGGAAGCUCGGAGAAGGAUGAAGAUGUUUUAUCCCAGAAGCCUUCACCUUACACCCAACCCCAUUCUCCCUCCCUCUUACCCCCUCAGGGCCCCGGGAGAGCCCAUUCUGGUCCCUACACCUGUUUCCUUUGGUGGAGCCGGACCAGUUUUCAGACUUCACAAUCUGCAAGAAAUGGCUACUAUUUAAGGUCAAGUUUUGCCAACAAAAAGUGCAUUUGAAACAAGUGUUCCCUCCUUGUCUUUCUCUAUAUAAGCGCUUCUGUUCCUGGUCAGCUUUAUUGCACAAAUGUCUUUUUUCACACAGCGGUGUACACGAUCUCUCGGUCAGAAGUCACAACGUUUUGUGGCUUCCUGCUCCCUUUUCUUGCUCUGAAUCUUUUGAAGAGAGCGAGUGAGUGCUCAACCUCAGCCUCAUACCUCACAGACCUGUGCACAGAUGCACCACCUUCACCUUCAUAAUGCACAUUCAAUGCCUAGAUGCCUCUUUCUUUCAAGCAAUGACCCUCAGUGUGUCCGGUGCCUCUGUAGAUGACAGUUAUUCAGAUGUUUUCCACUCGCAGACAACAGCGACGUGUCGGGGGGAGCUGGAUGUUUGCGCAAGUUGCGCAGUAGUUUACGAGCAGGGUCCAAAAUUAUCACUUGCCAAGAAUCGGAUACUUUAAUGUUUAUUAAUAUACAUUACCAUUUAAAAGUUUGGGAGACGUUUCUGAAAGAAGUCCCUUAUGAUCAACCGUGUUGUAUUUAUUUGAUCAGAAAUACAUUAAGAACAGUACUAUUGUGAAAUAUUAUUAGAAUUUAAAAUAUCUAGAUGUAAUGUAUUUCUGUGAUGGCAAAGCUGCAUUUUCAGCAUCAUUACUCCAGUUUUCAGUGUCACAUGAUCUUUCAGAAAUCAUUCUAAGAUGCCGUUUUGGUGCUGAAAGAAGCAUUUCUUAUUAUCAAUAUUAAAAACAUUUGUGCUGCUUUAUAUAUUAGUGUAAAACUUAAUCUUAGAAUUAGUAGAAAGUUUAAAAGAACAGCAUUUAUUUAAAACGCAUCAUGAAUGUUACUGUCACUUUUGAUCAUUACUUUCUUUGCCAAAUAAAUGUAAAUAAUAAUUUCUUUAGAAAAAUAACUGACUAUCCACAAACUUUUGAACCGUAAUGUAUAUUUACAAAAAUAACAUUUCAUUCAUGAAUAUUUAUGAUUUCCCCCCACAUUGUUAUAAUGUGAAAUAAUCAGAAUCUUUUUAAUUUUUUUAAUUUUUUUUUUAUUCAUUAACCGCUGGAUGUUGGUUAGAGAUAAUUUUAGACCCUGCCUACAAGUGUUUCAGACUGAAUCAUGCCAUGGAAAGCCAGUUGAACCUUUUUAUAUCGUGACACCCCGUCACUCAUGUACAGCUAUCAUUAUCAGAGCAGUAUGGCAAUACUUGAACGACAAAAAUGCAUUUUAUGUCAAUACUUGACCUUACUGCAGUGUGUAGCGUCUUGCUUGCUAAUCCAAAAGAGUGCUACUCCUCUCUAAUAUAGUUUAAUAAUAGACACUGCACUAAUUUUUAGCUACCGUAGACAAUGCUUUUAGUUGUCGUUGGCUUUCAUUAUAAUAGAAAGUUUUGGUUUGUUUAGUUAGCUUUUGUAUCAUCACUGAGAUAUUCGGCCCUCGUGUUUUUCUGUACCUGAGGCUGAAGACGCCAUUCCAAGUCAUAGUUUUGCUGAUUCUGUCCAUUCCUCUAAGCACACAAUGGGAGAGUUAGAAAGGAAAAUCAAACAGGGAUUGACAUAGAAAAAUCUUUCACAGAUACACUCUCACACACACACACACACACACACACACACACACAUGUUCUCCUGCAACCUGCACAUCCUGUGUUUCAGGCACUUGUGAGUCAGACCCCUGCAGGGUCAUGUUCUGGUCUCCAAACCAGCUUGUGUGGUGUGUGUGCUAUCUAAAAAGAAAUUCUUCAAAACGAGAUUAGGUUAUUUAAGAAGCAAAAAUUUUUGUUUGGCAAAAUCUUUUAUUUGAAUGAGCUUACUAAAAAAGCUUCAUUUACUGAUCCGUUCAGUGACCUUUUCUGAAGGCUGCAUCAUUAUACCAGUUAGUGGUGACAAGCCAUUGUCAUUGAGUUAUGAGAUUCGUUACGCUGAAUCGUUAAAAACCACAGGGUUGUUCGUGAUCAAAACAAGACUUUAUUAAAAUGUGAGUGCCUACAAAUUGAAGAAAGGUUUUAAGUUUUGGAACUCAAGGAACAUAAUUAAUAAUUCGUCUGCUUAACAGCUUUUUUUAGUUUAUUCUUGUAUUGUUUUGCACAGUUUUGUUUCUCAAGUAAUUUAAUUUCGUUUUAAGGAUGUUUAGGAUAUUUUACUGGAAAUCGUUUCUGGUUUUUGCAGCGCACAUCAGCUCCCUGUGUUCUUGGGCUGGUUCGAACCUUGGACUCUGCUUCCUGAAACCCUCCUGCGGUCGGAGGGAGCCUAGAUUAGAUAAAUGAAGGAAUUCUAUAAGCCAGAUCACAGGUUUAAAAGCCGCACAUUCUUUCACCGUUCAAGUCAAUCUUUUUCCUUUUUAAUAAGUCGAUUGAAGUUCUUGUUUUGUUUUGCUUUACAAAUCACAGAUUUUUCUUCUAUAAAUUAUAUUGUCUGUGAAUUUAUGAACUUAUAACUAAUAAGUUUUUUUUCUACUUCUUCAAAUACUGUAUUUAAUUUGUUCUCCUUAGAACACCUGUUUUUCCUUGCUUCGUUCAUAACAUUUCAUUUUUAGACACCUCAGCCUUUCCUGAGGUGUGCUCUACUGGAUCGAGACUGUUGUCAAAAACUCAUGUACAAAUAUCUGUGUGUGUGUGUGUGUGUGUGUGUAUAUAUAUAUAUAUAUAUAUAUAUAUAUAUAUAUAUAUAUAUAUAUAUAUACCUAUGCUUACCUAUUAAGCCAACAAGCACUGAUAAAGAAUGCACCUCCUCAAGACGUUUAGUUCCUGCUUGUGGACGUGCGUGUGCGAGACCACAUUGCCGCAUAUGGCCGACGUCUGGUGUGUGUGGUGGGGUGCAAGAUCUGAGUCUGAAUGUUCCCCUUCCUGUUAUUUAUACAAUAGAGGCAUUUACUCUAAGCCAAGGGUUUAAACCUCAGUGUAUUUUAAGUAAUAGUAAGCUUGUAGGCUGUAAUUGUGCCUGAGGCAGUCGUGAGACAUACUGAUGAUGUUUACCUGAAAAACCAGGACCUAAUCACUUUUAUAAGUGAUUUUAUUAAGCUAAUUUUAUAAAUCACCUAUAUGGCCCCAUUUAUGAAAAUGUAUUGUAGGGUAAAAAUUUGUAUCAAUUAUGAAUAAUAAGAUACUAGACCUCCUGCUCAGCUGUUUUGAAUCAGUUGAUUGUGAUUAUCGAUGAUUUGUAUUGUAUCGGUAAUCUAAUCGUAAAUGAUCCCUUAGUCUGUAUUUUAUGUUUCAUUUUACGGAAAAUACUUGCGUAAAAUUAAACAUCGCCCACUCUGACUGCGAUCACAUUUAGCAUUUCUCAGCAAAUUUUCACAGGCAAACUCAAGUCAUUUUAAUAGUAAUCCAUAUGGUCUGGAGUUUUGCGCAAAGAGAAAAAAGUUCCCCGUGCAGAUUUCGCUCAUGAUGAAAUUGGUCUCAUAAAUUCACCGCAAAUUUGCUUUGUUUAAAAAAAUGGCUGCUUUGUGAGUAGUCUCACACAGCCAGACCUUCAGAAUGAAAGCUUUAGGUCUGAAAUCUAUGGCAGCUUUCAUUGGAUACCAAAAUGUCAAACAAGCAAUCACAGUUUGUUUCGUUCAGUGUCACGUUUCGGGACUUGGAAAUGUCGCCACAAUAACAGACCAGUGUUUAAUACUCUUGGACGUAUUUUAACGAUUUUAUGCCGCAAACUUUAAAUAUUUGAGAUACUUUUAAAUAUCCAGCGUUUAGGCAAUCCUGAUAAGCACUCAUCGUCACAGCACGCCAGCUUUCUUAUUUCGUAAGAAUCCAAUGACAACUUCGACACUUCUGAAGUGUUUCCACUUUUGUGUAUUAUAUGCAUCAGACAUAUAGCCAACAGUCCGUAGGUGUGAUGUCUGAGGCUGAGACUACUUUGUGAGUAGUACUGCGUACAUUUCUACAAUAUUGACAGUAAAUUUUGCUGAGAUUUCGCUAAUGUGAAUGCAAUUUAAGGCCCACUAGAAGAUUAUCUGUUUCCUCAAAGGAUAGUUAAUCAUGACUUACUCAAGUCCUAAAUUUUUGUAGUUCACAGGAAGUUACCGGAAGACGUCUUCCCUUGCGUAUAAUGCGCCUCAGACACAAUUUAAGUUCUUCCCGGCGAUCAGGAGGCAUGUUAUACACUGUCAUUCUUUCAGACAUUUGCCAAAGAAAAGCAAAAAUAGUCUGUAAGGGAAUUUUCAUGAUGCAGAGAGCCAGGCUUUAUUCCGCUGAGCUUAGCCCAGCGGAUAUGUCUUCAGGUUUCAAAUGUAUUUUAUCAGCACAACUAAUUCUUCUAAUCUUUUCUGAUGGUUUUUCCUCUGAAUUAACCCACAGUGAGAGUGGUGUGCAAAAUGUUGGCACCUUUUUAAUACCUAUUUUAGAAAAACAAUAUUUGCACCUUAAACCCAUACCAAAACAUUUACCAUCACUUUCUUAAAGGGACAGUUCACCCAAAAAUUACAAUUCUGUCAUCAUAUGCUCAUCCUCAUGUUCCAGUAUUUGCAUGAUUUCAUGGAGCACAAACAACUGAUGUUAAGAAGAAUGUUAAUGCUGCAUUUUUCAAUACAAUCUUUAAAAAAGACAAAAACACCAUAAAAGUGUUUCGUAUGACUCUGAUUCAGGUCUUCUGAAGCCAUAUAAUAGUUUUGUGCAGAGAAAGUACAGACAUUUAAGUCAUACUUUUAUGGUGCUUUUUUAUAUUUUGGUCACCAUUCACUUUCAUUGUAUGGAAAAAUGCAACAUGGACAAUCUUCAAAAUGUAUCUUUUUUUUUUUUUUUAUGCCAGAAAAUAAAUCAUAUUGAAUUGGAAUGACAUGAGGGUGCAUAAAUGGUGCCAAAAUUACAUUUUUGUGUGAAUUACUCCUAUAAAGAUUAAUCCCAUCUCGCCAGUAUCCCAUCAUGAUUGUCGUUCUUUAUCAUGACCCCUGCAUAUCCAGAGGGUGAAAUAUGUAUUUUAACAAAUCAUCAUUGUUAGCGAGAAUUAUAAUGCGUUGAAUGAUAACAUGGCUAAUUUGAACAUCCCCGCAUGAUGCAUCUUUAGAAUCUGAUCCCAUCCCAUGAUGCCCCCAUCAUGAUGUUCGCCCCUUUUUUCUAUUUAGAAGAUGCCUCUUUAGCAAAUUGCCUCUAUGAAACAGAAAUUCCUAUAUUAGCUAUAAAGAUUAUGAUAUUACCCUUUUGUGCUAGAUUGUCUCUUGAAUGUAAUGGAUUUUGUACCUGUAUUUUUCUAAUUCCAAUCUAGUCCUUCUGUAUGCGGUGGCUUUAUAUAGAGGAGUUCUAGGCUGCUUCCUUACGUGAAUAAUUUGUAAAAACUUCCAGUCAUCCUUGAAACACAAACCCAGACCUCUGAAAUGCGCAGUACAACUGCCACCAUCAUAUCUGACAUCAAAUAUCUUUCACUGUUACGCAUUUAGACCCGAAACAUGCAAUAGCAGCGAUCACGGAUAUCAGUUGCCAAACCUUUCCACAUUUCACCUUCUCAACUCGUUUCGAGUAUUAAUAACCUUGAAUAUGCACCCUGUCAAUGAUGAGGAUUUUCUCUGUACAUGAAUGUACGUUCAUGGCUUUAGAUGCAGUUGUGGCGCUGUCUUUUUAAAUGCUUACCCAAGAUCCUGUUCUUGAUUCCUCUAAGGAGUUUAUACUUGUGUGCUUGAUCUGAUUAUUGUCACUAGUACUGUAUGAUGCAAUGUAUGGAUCUGAUUGUUACAGUCCAGUUGUUGAUGCAGCCUUGCCUUACUGAUCCCCUGCGUAGAGAGGGACCCCUUUGCCAUUGCCCUUCUCACUGAGUCUUAUGUCAUAACACUGUCUGCUGACGCAAAUGUUAUUCUUUACACACCUAUUAAAGUAACAUACAUAUGAA